GGUAAUAAAAAAAAGUCGAAGACAAUUUUAUUUGCUCACAGAUGUUCUGUUUGCAAGACAUUUCCUCAUUCAGAACAGUAUUAACCGGGGAAUUGACUUAAGAAAGACCUUCCGGUAAAAAAAUUCCGGAUUGAAUUUUCCUUGACACCGGUUUCGAUUUCGCAAAGACACAGCGAUAUAUAAAGUUUGCAAUUUGCCUGUAGCAUAUUUUUGUUUAUCGAACAAUUGUCAUGUGAUGAGUGACCAAACCUUCUAUUCAUAUAUCAAAGAUACAGUUACGUCAGACUAUAUCUAUUCAGUGUUUCAGCAAGUGAAUAUCGUAAUUUUAUCCUGGUUAAAAAUUGAUGUUGGAGAUGUGCAAAGCACCAUACUGCUCUUUUUAUUAGCCUGGUUAUUGGUCAACAUAAUCCUUAUAAAGAUUGCAUGGUCAUUGUAUGGUCAGCACAUUUGCGAGAAGUUCUUAAGACAGGGAGAUUUGUUAUAUGGUACUACAGUAAGAUCUGACCUUCACUUAAAAAGAGAAUAAAGUCAAACAUCAAGAUGUCAGCCAUAAAGAAGUUUUUUCAGAAGAAGAAGAUGGAUUUUAAGUUUAAAAAGUAUGGUGAGGGACAUAAAUUAGAUGAGCCAGUACAAAGACCCCCACCUACACAGAGGUCUGUAUCACAACCAGGAACCAGUAGCCAAUCACCAAUUUCUCCCAGAGGAGAUGCUUCUGUGACAGAGGAGAAGAAACGGGCAGCAGCUGCAGCACUGGCUAGAAUGGAACAGAAAGAGAAACAAUCUAAACAAGAUGAAAACAUAAUGUCAAUGAAAGCUAGAAUGAGAAGAGAGAUGGAGGCAGAAAAAAAGGCAUCAGAAAAAAUGCUAGCCCAAGCCCAAGCCAUGCAAGGACCAGUGGAAAUAGAAAAAGAUCAUUCUUCUGUGAUACCUCAUGUUUUAUAUACCUGUCCAGAUAUUGGGCCAGCAGUGCUUCCAAAGGAUGAAAUAGAUGCUUAUAUUCAUGAAUUCCUUCUUAGUCAGCUCGCUGAAGAGCCAGAAAUGUCUUCUGCAGUUAUGAUACAAACUUUAAACAAAGACAGAGAAAAAGUUAGAAUCUGUGUAGAAACUUUAAUUAAAUAUUUAGACAAUAUUACAAAUAAUCCUGGUGAGGAAAAAUAUAGAAAAAUAAGGAUGUCAAAUAAAGCAUUUAAAGAAAGAGUAUCUCAGUUAAAUGGUACAGACGAAUUCUUACAAGCAUGUGGAUUUCAAAUUAAACAGCUUCCAUUUGAAGAUAAUGAAGAAAACUUCUAUGUAAUGUCGGGGGAAACUGCAGAAGAUGUUGAAAGACUCAAUGGAAUAAAAGAAGUUUUACGUGCAGCUGAACCAAUACAAUGUCAACUUGAUCGUGCUUUGAAAGUUUUUCACCAAUCUUCAGGUUCCUCCAAAUUUGACAUUCCUGAAGAAUUUUACGCUAUAAAUCCUGAAGAGUUUAAAAAAGAACAACAAAGAAGACAGGAAGCUGUGGAAAAACUAGGCAUGUUACGUACCAAAGCAAUGCGUGAAAGGGAUGAAAUGAAAGAGCUACGUAAAUACCGUUUCACUCUUAUACGAGUAAGAUUGCCAGAUGGUAUUCUUAUCCAAGGAAUAUUCAAAGCUAAUGAAAAAUUAUCUUGUUUGUAUGAUUUCAUACGAUCAUCAUUAGAAAAUGACUGGAUGCCAUUUAUUUUACAAACAAGCAGUGGUAGUAAGUUGACAGAAGAGAUCAAAACUAUGGCUGAGCUUGGUUUAUGUCCUGCAGUAGUGUUACAUUUUGUAUGGGAUGAAUCUAUAAUGAAGGAUGUGCAUGCUGCACAAGGAGGAGGAGCUACAAGUUCUAUUCUGAAACCAGAUAUCAUGGCUCAAAUUCAGUCUUUAUGAAACAGCAGCAAGAAAGUUCUGUUCUAAAUUGCAUAAUUAUCACACAUUUUCAGUCUCUUAUUUCAAAUUUACAACAAUAUUCAAGAGAAUAAUAUAACAUUAAUUUUAAAUUAUAAUUUAUUAUACAUGUUAAUUCAGAAAUUUUUGUGACAUACAGUCAAACCUGCUACAAAAUCACUUCUAUUAUGUGAAAACUUGUCUUGUCCGGUCACCUUCUUCUUGUCCUGCUGUAGAAAUACAUAUAUCAUAUUAUAUAUUUUACACCUUAAUUCAAAGUUCACCUCUCUUAUAAGGUCAGUUUUCUCUGCUUCCAAGGUUAACUUUUAUAUGCAGAUUUGACUGUACUUAUCGAUAUGGAAAAGGUGAGAGAAUUAGUAACUUGAAAUUAGUAAUUAGAAUACUAGCUUGUAUUCCUUGAAGUAGUUUGCAUAUUUAAUCUGGUCAUUGUGUUCCUUGAUAAAUAAUACAAUAAUAGAUGCACAAAUUAUUUCUGAAUUUCCAGUAUAAUAUUAAGUUAUUUUGAUACAGAAAAUUAACUAAUACAUGUAGUGCAUUUAACUUUGUAGUAUAGAAAAAACUAUGAAAAUGACGAGUUUCUUUCCCUAUUCUAUUGUUUUCUUUUUUAUCUUUUUUUUCUGUAAGAACAAGGAUUUGUAUAUCUUACUAUAUAAAUCCUUGGUAAGAACAAAAACAUUCCCUAUUUAUUUUCAGACACUGAUAAAAUUAUUAAAACAGAAAAUCAUAUUCUAUAAAAGGAAAUUUAUCAGAAUUUGGAGAAAUGUUUGGUUUUUAUUUAAUAUUCAAAGCCCAUUGAUAGGGAUACAUCAUCAUCAACAGAAUAAAUCUUUAACCUGGUGCAGGAGCUUCUAUGUCAAAUUUUAAUGAAAAAGGAUUCACAGAAGUCUCAAUUAGAUAUUGAUUUCAUAAACAAUUCUUUACCAUGUUAAUAGAGGGGUAUAUUCAUUAUAAUGAAUUGCACCAUUCAGUGCACUACAAAUGAUAAACAGUUGACGAGGAAAGUCAAGGAUCAUGGAUGAACUCUUUUGAUAUUUUGAAAAUUAUAAUAUAUACAUGUAUUGUAUAAAACUGCAAAUCAUACACUUGACCAGUUGCUGUCAUUGUCAGUUCGUUCAAUCAAUAUACUUGUUAUUGUUACCUUAAUACUAGUCAAUUUUUUUAACACUAGACCUUAUGGAAAAGAACCGUACAUGUAACAAAAAAUACUGUUCAAAUCAAUUAUUCAUUGAAAACGUUUACAUCAGUUUUGGAAUUGUUCAGAAUAUCUCGUUCUGAAUGAAAGCAAUGGCUGACAGUGUAAAACGGUUCAAGGUGGAAUCUUACAAAAUACAUUUUAGAGGGGUGGAAGGACCUCUUUUCUGGUCAACAGAUCAUGCAGAUUGGGCUUUAUUUUUUGUGGGAGUUUGGAAUUUAUACUUAUUGGGACUCCAGGAAUUAAUGAAAAAUUUUGGGUGGUCUGGGAAAGGAUGCUUAAUUUUUACAGGAAAUUGGAAUUCAGCAUUUAUAUUUUUUAUUUUUUCAGGAAUUCAGGAUGACACCCCCUCCUACCCAACAUUUUAAAAUCUCUGAAAUGGCAGGAUAAUCAGAACCAAACUUGGGUCUGUAUUCCUAUUAACUUGUAAUAUCUCAGACUCUUUAUACAAACAACUUUCAUUGCCACAACAGAUCCCUGUAAAUAAGAUAUCAUGUAGACAUGCCUUGUACAAAAAUGUAAUAUAUGCUGGAUGUAAAGUUAGUACACUUCCCUUUUAACACAUUCUAUAGGAAGUAGUACUGUAGGUUAUCAAGUUUCCAUCCAACUUUUAAUACUUUUCGUGAUUACAUCCUAUUUAACAAGAGUCUUAUUACUAUAUGCUGUAUAGUUUCUUUAGCUUUUACAGUAGAAUAUAUGAUGUAACCAUGUUUUUCUUUUUCUGGAUAGUAGAAGCCUUUAUGUUCAAAGUUUUAAUAGUGUUUAUAAAAAAAUUUGCGCUGGAGGGGGCAUUAAGUUAUACCCUUGUCUGUCCGUACGUCCCAAAAUGAGUUUCCGUUCUCUAACUUUUGUUUGCGUUAACCAAAUGUUAUGAAACUUAUACACAAUGCUUAUUACCACAAAACACAGAUCAGGUUUGAAUUUGGGUUGCAUUACUUUUACUGUUCUUGAGUUAUGUUCCUUUAUAACAUUAUAUGCAAGCGAGGGCAUCAUCUGUGUCCCAUUGACACAUUUUCCAUUCAUUUUUAAAUACAGUGCACAUUGUUUCAAUUGUUGUAUAAGUAUAUCAUUUGUUAUAUGCUCUGAUUUUGUUGUGCUUAUGUUUUGAAAUAUAUGUAUCUACAUAUGUUUAAAAUUGAAUAAAUUGUUUCUGUUAAAGUAA